AUGAGUGAGUGUGAAUACUGCAAGUCUAGAAACAUGCUUCCUCUGAGCGGAAAAUACUAUUGUGAGGAGUGUGAAAUAUAUUACAUAUAUAAAGACAAAAAGCAAGAGUAUUCAAAUCUUCCCAUAGAAGACGUAAACCAAAUGUGUGUUAGGGACCAUCUUUGCAGGAGAUGUAAGUCGAAAUACUCUGAAAAGAAGACCAUAGCGUGCACAACAUUUCGUGAGUACUUCAGAAGGCUUCCACUCUGUGAGAAAUGCAAGAAAAGUAAUGAAAAAUCCAUAAAAAACGCCUUCUUCCGGAACUUCAUACUUUACAAAAUGUACGGUAGAGUCUUUUCAGUGCUGUCCAUAAUACUCUACACCACAUGGUUUUACUUGAUGGGAAAUACAAUUCUCUACAAAGUUGCCAUGGUCAACAUAAUUGCCUAUAAAAAGAAAGGGUUGAGACUUUACAGAUGCCUGCUUGACUCUAUCCUUGUCACCGUUCUCGGACUUUGGAAUUGGAGUAGCAUACCGUUCUACAUGUAUUGUCUGGCUUCGAUGAUAUAUUCUAAAAGAUGGUAUUACAAAGUUCCUGUUAACCUGGACAGUCCGCCUCAAAACAUUCUAGAGUACUUGGAGCAGCUCAACAUAGGAAAAAGGAAAUGCCGGAAAACAUGA